GUCGGAUAAAAACUCUUAAAAAACUAGAGAAAUGAGUUUUCGUACAUUUUUGGCCUGUCUUCUACUUUUCGUUGUGGGUGCAGCGGUCACUCCAACUUUGGCUGAGGAACCCUUGCUCGAAUUAGGAGACGGAUUAGUUCAGGGUUCCACGGAGAAUGCGAGAGGUGGUCGAGUGUUCUAUCAAUUUAAGGGAAUUCCAUUCGGAAAAGUCGUUGAAAGAUUUCAGCCAUCCGUCCCUGCCGACAAGUGGUCAAAUGUCUUCAAUGCUACCGCGUUUGGCCCAGUCUGCGCCCAGUUUGAUUGCUUAAACGGAGAAUUCACUGGGGAAGAAGAGUGUCUGAAUUUGAACGUUUUUACUCCAAAGCUACCCAAAUCCGGUCAUCAAACUAAACUUUACCCAGUCGUGGUCCUUCUUCAUUUAGGGGGCCACUUUUUCGGCUCUGCACAACAAUACAAUCCGCACUACGUGAUGGACCAAGACGUCGUCCUCGUCACGCCCAACAGUCGCCUCGGCCCGUUCGGCUACUUGAACACGGGAGACGCAAAUGCUCCCGGAAACGUGGGUCUGCGGGAUCAGAGCCUCGCCUUGAACUGGGUGAGGAAGAAUAUUCACCAGUUUUCGGGAGACUGGGAGAGGGUGACGUUGAUGGGGGCAGACUCUGGGGGCGUGGAUGCGCUUCUCCAUCUCAUCAACCCCGAGGACAAAGGCCUUUUUCAUCGCGCAGUCGUCAUGAGCAGCACGAUUAAUUCCUGCUCAUUCGUCAAAGAUCCGGCAGUCCAGGCCAAAAAGAUGGGUGAACAGGUUGGGUGUCCAAACAGUGAGAAAUCGGACGAGUUUGUGAAAUGCUUGAAGAAAAUGGAACCACUUGAGCUUCUCAAGAAAAUGAAAGUUCCAACUGCAGACAUGUCCGAUUUCAAAGCGAUGCAGCAGAUCGCGAUUUUUGGCCCAUCAGUCGAUGGGAAGGGCGGACUUCUGCCGAAAAAUCCGUUCGAAAUUAUCAAGAGUGGGAAGGUCCCGAACAACGUGCCAUUAAUUAUGGGCACCAUCGCGAUGGAUGGGCUGGACCCUGCCAGUGCCACCUUCCUCAACGAUACGGCCCUUUAUAAGAAAACGAUUAAAAACUGGAUUGAAGAUGGGCCUCAAAUCCUGGAUUUUUCGGACGCCAAAGAUCCUGCUGGCAUGGCGAAACAAAUUUUUGACUUUUACUCCAAGGAUGGAACCCUUUCCGGCGAAAGCUUCAUUGACAUGUUUACCGACAAGCAGUACGAACACUUUUUGCGAUUUAUUGCUAAAAGUUGGGAUGGCGUUGUCCCAAUGUACGUGUACCGAUUCAACCACACCGAAACCCCGAAUCGGGCAGUGGACAUGAUUGGAUAUCAAAAUAUUCCCAAGGGUCCAGGCCAUUGGGACGAUCUCCAAUACUUGUUCAACAUGUCCAACUCGUUCAUGGUUCCGGUAACGACGGAAGACUCGCCACCAGUCGAGUACAUCUUGUCCAGAGGCAUGGUUCGAAUGUGGACUUCGUUUUUUGAAACUGGGAAACCCAGCGCACCUUGGGGAGAAGGGGAGGAGUGGGAGCAGUUCCAUUUUGAUGGAAACCAACCCAACAAAAUUUACGAGGUGGAUGUCACUCCCAAAAUUGUACGAGAUACGGAAGCUUUCCAAAAGCGAAUGGAAUUUUGGGACGCAAUUUACGAAAACUUUGACGUGACCAACUCUGUCUAAGAAACUGGCUGAAUUGAUACUACUUGAAUUGAAUAGCUGUAAUGGGAUUAAUUAAUAAUUACAAUUCUAUGAUUUCAUAAAAAAUUAGCUUGAAUUGUGCAUAAUUUUCAUUUCUCUUACUCUGUUUCAAUAUGUGUACACAAAUUCGAUGAAUAAAAAUUUAGGAUUAAGUUGCAUUCAAAAAGUAAUCUUUACAAGUGCGGAGUGAACAUUUAGCACGUGUCAGGUUUUGAGGUGUCACUACAAUUUUUACAUUAUUACCAGAGGGCGGAUAUGUAUUUAC